AUGGCGUCGGCCACAAAUUCCUCCAAACGGCCGUCAGCUUGGCUCCCCACAGAAAUCUGGCUUCGGAUCCUGAAAAUACUGAAUCGGGAUGACCGUUCCUCUCUUAAACGCGUUGCCAUGACCAGUCAUCAACUACUUCGGAUUGACCCCACGAGUCCAAAGAUUUCGUUCUAUCAAAGCCAGGCCCCGUCCUACUCGAUUCUGUCGACAUGCGAUCCCUUUCGUGAACUUUCUGAAUGGGAUGUCGACUUGAUCUGCAAUCUGUUUGAAUUAGCCGAAAGACUUGAUGAUUUCUACUGGUGGCAUGAGAAAUACAUGCCCGGGAUAAUACUGUAUCGGCUUUACAAACAUCGUCCCCAGGUGAAAGUUCAUAUUGCCAGCUCCAAGAUCGUGAUAUGUCAGAAGAUCCACCCAAAGCACACAUCAGCCCCUCAAUUCUCUCUCAUACGGUCUGUCUCGGCUCGUUGGAACCUUGGAGAAUAUGACAGCCCGAUCAAGCCAGACUCAGCUGCGAAUUACCCAGCCCACUUGAAAGAUAUCAUCUGCCGGUGCCCGAAUCUCGAAACCUUAAGAUUGAUCAAGGAACUAGAAUGGCGACGAGGAUUCAGUGGAAUUCACCCUUUCCAGGCGAGAGUAGAGGAGGAAGGGGAGAGGAACGACAGAGGGCUGAUCACUCUCAAAGAAGGAGAUGUUCUGCCUCGAAUCAAAAACCUCCAUUUUCAAUCUAUGAGAUUUGGACCAUCGCAGAGCGUGCUAUGGGCCACGCAGCUGCAGUGGCAGAGUCUUAGAUCUCUAUCGCUGAUAGGGAUAGAUUGGACUCACCUGCUGCCUAAGAUCACUGGCUGCUUUCGUGAUCUAGAUUGUUUGGAAAUCAGCGUACCUGAUCCUUCUUUGCGGUACCGCAUAAGGAAUCAGGAUCUUCCCCCUGCAUAUUUCGAGCAGAUGGAUCAGCUUCAAAGUUUCUUAGGAGCACUUCCACCUUUGACAACGUUCAUAGGCUAUGGCCUACCGCAGGCAUCGUUAGCAGUGUUAGCAGGUCAUUCUGCCGGAUCCUUACAACACCUCCGGUUUAGAGUCCCAUUGAAUGUCGCCGAGUUUUGGGGACCGGAAAUAUUGACCAUUGAACGUUCAUUUUCCGCCAGUAUCGAAGACCUUGUUGAUUUACCCAAUAAAUUUCCAAAAUUGCAAUCCCUUGGCCUGAGCAUUUACUGGACCAACGAUGAGUGGUUGUGGAUGAAGCCCAACUUUAAGGGAUUGAUAUUGCCACAUGAUCUCCUUAUCAUCAUUUCUCGCCUAAGCAACAUCAAGCAUCUUGAAUUAAAUCACCGGGACAUUUACUGGAGUACUGAUAAUACCACUCCUUGGCCCUAUACUAACCUCACUGAAGCCAGUUGCCGUACCCUUAUUCAAUCCCUCGACGCUAUGGACACUGAGCUCCUCUCAUUGGAUAUAGUGAUAGGCGACUGGUAUCCCUUUGGGUGCUUUGGGAGGUGUUGCUGGGACGGCCUUGAGUCGUUCAUUACUGGGGAACGCGACCAGGCGGGAUGCAUGCAAUUUACCAAGUUCCGCCAGUUCGAGCCAGAGGAUGAACUCAUUUACGUUGGUGAAACCCCUCCGCGGGUAUCGCCGCGAUCUUUGAAAGGGGAAUGGUCAGAUGAUUUGCGGCUUAACAUCGAGAGCAGAAAGAUUCGUUUUUGGUAUGAGAGGUUCAAGGAAUGA